AUGGACGCUGCCAACUUGGCUGAGAAAAAAGAGUUGAAGGCAAGUAGAGCAUCUAGCUCUCUUGCGUUUGACGACCUCCCGCAGCAAGCAUUUGUCCUCGCAACGCUCAUCUCGACCAUUGCAGGCACAUUCAUCACAGGCAUCAACCUCUACGACCGCUUGGUCGAGCAGCGCCGGCAGAGGAAGCGGGACAAGGGCCAAAACAAACGAAUCAAGGAGCUCGAGGCGCGUUUGAACACGGCCGAGGAAGAGAGGACGAAACUGAAGGAAGAGCAAGGCAAACAGGGUCAGAGAAAGAGAGCAAAGGGUGGCGGUUCCGCGUCUGAUUCCGAUGCGGAUGAUGACCACGACCGAGAGGAUGAUGGCGCCCGCCAUUUUCGACGCUCUCUUCAGCACGGCGGCCAAAGUAUCCAGCGAGAGUACGACCGCUUCUACAAUACGAUGGGACAAAAGUUUGCCCGGGGUGACCUACUCCAGAGCACCGUUAUCAAGCUCUUGGAGGAAGCCCUGCUUACUGGCCAACCGCCAGAUCUGAGCAGGCUGUACAACACAUCCGAGUUUGCGCGCGAGGGCAGCAUUCGCGCCCUCCAAGACCAUCCGCCCCGAUCCCGAGACGAGGGCCAAGGCCCGGAGCGCCCAUCCGCCGUACGUCCUCCACGCCCUCUCUUCGAGGAGAUGCAGCAAGUGAGGCUGGCUGGGACCAUCCACCUGUACGAAAAGCACUCCCUCCUGCAGCAGCCGCCAAUCUGUAUCAUGACGACAUCCGGAGCGGCACCAACAGAAAAGGCCCUCUGUUCUGCCCAUAUGCGGUAG